AUGGAGACUUUGAGCUCCACCGAUCAAACCGGCUCGUCUACAUGUAUCGCCGGUUCAACGAUGCUCGUCAAGAUUCCGCCUGUGGACGAAUACGCGUCCGCUCGUGUGGAAAGCCAGCGGCUCGAGCCAGCCACAGGCGAGACGAGUACGCACGCUGGGCAUGUUGCGUUGUGA